AUCUAAAACCAAAAAGGAACGAAUCAGUGUCGGCUCUUGGUUCUAAAACCAAAAAGGUACAGACCUGACUACACACCCAAAAAAGGUUAUACGUUGGAUCCAAAACGCGCGUUAUACAAAGCUCUACUACUCCGUAACUCCUCCUCCGCCAUUUGCUUGGAAACUCUUCUUCGGCAAUGUGCUGAAACUGAGUCAACGUCCGAGUAAACGAAGUGAAACUUGGUGGUUUAGACUAAUCGCAAGUUGGGUUUUGAAAGAAACCGCGUUUCCAAGUAAAAUGAUCAACUUCAACCAAUGGUUGGUUCUUGUGGUAUGCUCAUUAGCAAUCUUGAAAGCAGAAGGAUUGCUCGUCAAUAUUACAUUUGUUCGAAACGCCGUCGCAAAAGGAGCCGUAUGUUUGGAUGGUAGUCCACCAGCUUAUCAUUUAGACAGAGGUUCGGGAACUGGAAUCAAUAGCUGGUUGAUACAGCUUGAGGGAGGAGGAUGGUGUCAUAAUGUAACAAACUGCAUUAGUCGGAUGCAUACUAAAUUAGGUUCAUCGAAGAAAAUGGUGGAGAAUCUUGCUUUCUCAGCUAUUCUUAGCAACAAGGAACAACGUAAUCCUGAUUUUUACAAUUGGAACAGAGUGAAAGUUAGAUAUUGUGAUGGUUCAUCAUUCACAGGAGAUGUGAAAACAGUGAACCCUGCUACUAAUCUUCACUUCAGAGGUGCUCGAGUUUGGCUAGCCGUUAUGCGGGAGCUGCUAGCUAAAGGCAUGAGAAACGCCGAGAAUGCUGUUUUGUCUGGGUGUUCUGCUGGUGGGUUAGCUUCACUGAUGCAUUGUGACAGUUUCCGAGCUCUAUUACCAAUGGGUACCAAUGUAAAAUGUCUUUCAGAUGCCGGUUUCUUUCUCAACACAAGAGAUGUUUCAGGAGCUCAAUACAUUAAAUCAUACUUCAACGAUGUGGUUACACUACAUGGAUCAGCAAAGAAUUUACCGAGGUCAUGCACGUCAAGAUUGACCCCUGCAAUGUGUUUCUUUCCACAAUACGUAGCUCGCCAGAUUAGAACUCCUGUUUUCGUUCUUAAUGCUGCCUACGACUCUUGGCAGAUUAAGAACAUUUUGGCUCCUCGUGCUGCUGAUCCUGAUGGAAAGUGGCAGAGUUGUCAGCUUGACAUCAAGAAUUGCCAACGAAGCCAGCUCAAAGUUAUGCAAGAUUUCAGGUUAGAGUUCUUGAGCGCAGUGAUAGGUUUAGGAAGAUCUGCAUCAAGAGGGAUGUUUAUAGACUCAUGCUACACUCACUGCCAAACCGAGACACAAACUUCUUGGUUCUGGCAAGAUUCUCCAAUUCUAAACCGAACGACAAUAGCAAAAGCUGUUGGAGAUUGGGUUUAUGAUAGAAAAUUGUUUCAGAAGAUAGAUUGUCCUUACCCUUGUAACCCUACUUGCCACCACAGGGUUUUCACUCCUCAAGAUGCUCCUCCAAUUUAAGAAGAUUCUGCUAUAGAUUUGUUUUUUUUUUUUAAAAAAAAUCUUAUAAAUUAUAUCACACACAUAUAGUAAGAUAUUCUUACGGUUUAGCUAUAGAAGAGGAAAAAAAAAGAAUGUGAGUGAUUCUUGAGGGUUGAGGAUAAGCUUUAUUCAGCACAAAUGUUCAAAAAAAAAAAAAAGCUUUGUUCGGCACCUGUCUUGUGUGCUGGUUGAGUGUCUCUGUUUCUCUUCCAUUCUUAUGUAAA